GGAGGGUGGAGAGGGAUAUGGGAGCGUUUGGGCCGGAUUCUGAUUUUGGUUGGGAUUUUGGGGAGGAUUUGGGAUCUGAGGUUGGGGGAUUGGAGAUUGAAGGGCCGCUGGAGUUAAGGGCUGUGGGUGAGGGUGAUGAGUUGGAGCUCCGUUUGCCCGCUCUGAACUUCACACAUGGAUACGUAAGGAGGAUACUUGUUGGUGAUGGCAUUACAAUUAAAGUAGAGGUUGCUCAAAAGAUCACUCUCUUCCACCCACAUGACAUAGGUUUGUCAUUAGAAAGAUGUUUGGUCAAAACUAAGUUGGAGAGCAACCAAUUUCGGCCUCUUGGCCUUGACUCAUGUGCCCCGUUACUUUCUGUUCAAGUUGAAGGGUCCCCCUUGAUAGUUGCAUUAAAUACGCGAAACCCUGAAGCUCAUAUCAAAACAGUAUUCCACACUGAUUACACUAUCGAGUUGCUAUCAGAGAAGCGUUACAACAAUGGGAAAUUUAAAGAGGUUCCUUCAUGGGCAUCCGGCUCGCUUAAAUCUAAGUUCCUUAUAAUAGAGAAAGCCUUAAAGGACUUGCUAGGGAGCAAUAUGUUACGUGGCGGGCCUGUGCGGCUCUUAAAAGCAAAAAUUACAUCAUCAAACUUGGUAAAGUUUAGAUUGGAAGUGGAGAGAGACAUUACAGAAAAUGAUAGGAUAUGGAGCAGGGUAGAAGAAUGGAGGACGAAGCCAGUUGUUGAACGCAUUUGGUUUGAGAUGGUGGCUAGAGUUGAAGCAGGAAAGGGGUGGAAAAAGAUGUUAGUCAGGAAGCUAACUAGGCCAGUUCGGGCAGUGGAAUCUAGUUCAUGGAGUAAUCUGAUGUCGAACAUCUCAUUCACCGAGAUACCUUCUAUCGUUCUCCCUCCUGAGGCUUUAACAUUGGAUGCGAACUGGUAGCAAAAUAGAUUUUUCCUGUAGUGUCCUAGUCUAGUGGAAGUCAAAGUGGAAAUCAUAUAAUCCUGUAUGUUGUGCGUACCAUUAAUUUUUUGGUCUGUGGAUAAUGUAUUACAUAGGAACACACACCGCCUUUGGUAAUUGUACAUGAAUUCUCUUGUAUGUUGUGAAAAGAGGUUAAUGUAUACCUGAAUAGUUGCCUCUCAAUUGAUAGCCUAAGCACUGUCGGAGAGAACUGUGGUUCCUUUCAAUUGAUCAGGUAAACAUUCAGACUUUUAUUAGAUGUGGUAUUGGCCCAAGAGGUUCAA